ACACGCUGUUCAUUAAUCCAGGUAUCCCCAAGUCACAUUAAUUUGUUUGAUUUAGUGAGGAUCUAACUGAGAUUUUCACAAGCAUGCUGUGACUAAUGUCUAUUUAUAAAGUCAAUAGUCAUGAAUGGCCCCCAUGAGAAACCCAGCCCAGCGCAAUUGCAUGGGUUUGAGCGUGAUAAAGAACCACUCGACGAAAACCACACACGAAUAAGUGAUGAAAGUGGGAGCAUCAAUGGUGACCAAAGACCUUCUCAACAAAGAGGAACUUACGGUCUUAUAAUCCACCACAUUUCAACAUCCAGCAAUGAAGCUCUCAUUUGCGUGUGUAUCUGCAUAGUGGGCGCAACAUAUGUGCUGCUCGGGAGACUUGGCUUGCUCCUGAUUGGACUCGUUAGUGGUGUCAUCUUACAUUCAUCAUGGGAGGGAACGAACCCCAGCGACAUACCGAACUCCACGACGCGGAGAGAACUUUCAUUGAAUGUUGUCAAUAGACUACUCGAUUGGCCCAGGCGCUCUGUUCAUGCUGAACAUGAACUUGAUGAAAUCCAACCAUUUAUCACCAAGGACCUGCCACAAAUAUCUGUUGAUUAUUCUCCCUUCCCUCCUAAAACAGCAGCUGCGUUGGAUUCAUUGACGGACGCAAUAAUUCGGGACUAUGUGAACCACUGGUAUGAACCGAUUCUGCCUUCUGAAACAACAUUCCCUCGUGCCUGUCGCGAAAUUUUGACCGGUUUUGUCAAGUCAAUGGCCUCCCACCUCGCGCGCAAACGAACUACGGACACUUUCCUUGAGUUUUUGACCAAUUCCUCGUCUAUCAUGAUCGUGUUUCUCAAUGAACUCUCAACUGCUUUUGAAAACGUCGGAUCAUCUACGAAGCCCGAGGAAACUGUUAGGCGCUAUCUUGAACGAUAUCCGGAGAGCAGCCUAGCAAACGUGUUGGCUGACCAACAACAACGGAAAAAACUCAAUAUUAUAGCCGAUGAUAUCCUGUCUAGCUUUCUGGACACUCCAGCUUUUGGCUGUGCCCCUCUUAGAACCUUCUGUCGGGAAAUCUUAUGCGGUGUCGUCUUGGAGUCCACCAUUUCCAACCUUUCACGACCGGAGUGUAUCAACAGCUGGAUAAUACAUCUCUUUAGCGAAGGAGAGUCUGAAAUAAUGAACGCGAUUGAUGCCGGCGUUGAGGGGGCCAGGAACCAGGGCGUAACUACUACGAAACGCCCCGGGGAUGCGGAUGCGCCUCGGUCAACGUCAACCGAUAGCUUUGGUUCGAACUCGAGAUUCUCUAGUCAGGGUUAUAACGAAAAGUCUGAGUAUGCAGACAAAGCAACAGAAGACGCAAUAACUGAAGCAAAACGAUUGAGCGCCUUGAUCGCCGCUCAGGAUUUACAGCAAAAUGGAUCCAAUGAUGAGAACGCCUCAGAAGCCCCUAUUACUUCGCAGAAGGAGGACCCUGCCUUGGAUUCUGAUAUUAUAACGAGAAAUAAAGAAUCUGUACUCGAGCCAGUGGAGAGGCAGGGGCGUCCAGGAAUUUUGCCAGAUGCGGCCAUUUCUCGGAUGAACAAUGCUGAACCAGAAUCAGCGUUCUCAUCGCCGAUGCAAGCGAGUCGUCCAUCGCACCGGAAGUUGGAACAGCCUUUGCAAUUGCCACCUUUAACGCUUCACCGUGCAUACAUAUCAGUGGAAGACGGUUCGGAGUCCCGUGGGGCCUUGGUUCGAUCGAAACCAAUGUCCAAUUACAUGCUUCAGGUAGAACCAACAUCUUCUCAGCGAACUGGGUGGAUGGUCUUUAGAACCUACAGAGAUUUUGAAUCGCUUCAUGAGACCCUGGAAACCAUUUCAAGGCUAAACAAAAUACACAGUUUCGCGGACACUUACUCUUUACUACCUACGUGGAAAGGAUUGACAAACGGAGCCUUAGCAAAGUCUUUGGAACAAUACCUACAAGCUGCGCUUCAACACGAGUCUCUUGCAGAAUGUGAAAGAAUGAGACGUUUCCUUGAGAAGGAAGGUCCCGUCAGCCCCGAAUUGAAAACUGCGCCCACAAGGCCUGGUUUUUUCCCUACCCAGGCGGCGUUGGAAAAUGUUGGAAGGGGGGUCUUGGAUGCUUUAACUAACGCACCUAGGGGCGUCUCUAGUGGCAGCAAAACUGUUUUUAGUGGGAUGACUGGGGUGUUUGGAACAAAUUCAAGCAAGAAAUUCAGCUCGUUUCCAGAUGUCGAUAGCCCGCCACUUGAUGGCACUGCCCAGUCCGGGGACACAAUUGGCAGUGCGUCUCAGGCCAUUCAAAAUCCAAAAGCAGAAGAUAUGUCAUUAUCUAGGACAUCCAAAAGCGGCGUACCUGUUUCUGCUACCGAGCCCUCUUCAAGUGACGGCUCCCUCGACAGUUCAAGACCCACGAGAGCGACACCAAUACGCGGCAGCUCAGAUUAUUCUCCAAGCGAAGAUCCGGUCAACAAUUCGGAUCUAGAAACCAGGCACGUGGAGCAUGUGCCAUGCUUGGAUGGAUCCCCCGAGAAAAGUCCAAACGCAGUCAAUGUGGGCGAAGCAACUUCCGCUGAACACAGCAUCUCAGGAAACCAUACAUCUUCCAUAACACAUGAAGAGACUCGUAUCGCAAUUGAGCUCAUCUUUGCUGUUAUUAACGAAUUGUAUACUUUGUCUUCCGCCUGGAAUAUACGGCGAACUCUUUUGAAUGCGGCCAAAUCCUACAUCCUACGCCCCGGAAACCCAAACCUGGAGACAAUUCGUGGUCUUCUGCAGAAUUCAAUGAUCGAUGCCAAUACAUCGGACGAGGCAAUCGGGAUCUACCUUGUCAAACUGCGUGAGAAUGCCCUUCCAACCAAGUUUGAACUUGAUUCCUGGCCGCCGCCUCCCAGCGAGGCCGAAAAGGAGCGUUUGCGAGAAACAGCCCGAAGAGUGUUUGUACAGAGAGGGUUACCACAGGCACUAACAAGUGUGAUGGGAGCAGCUGCUAGCCGUGAGGCCCUUGAAAAGGUCUUUGACUGCCUUCAAGUCCAUAGUGUCGCGAGGGGUUUUGUUUUCUCUAUUUUACUGCAGGCCCUGAGAGCUAUUAUACUUUAGAGUACACGAAGCAUGCAGGUGUG